GCCAACAGCAACGGGCACGGUGUGCCCGGACUCGGUCGGUGCUGUGCGGCUCCUGGGGCUUCCCAACGUCCUCCUGCCGUCCCAGAUGAUGAAGACGAGGAGGAAGAGGAUGAUGAAGAAGAAAUAGAUGUUGUGACAGUAGAGAAAAGACGCUCCUCCUCCAACAAGGCUGUUACCACCCUCACUAUUACAGUGCGUCCUAAAAAUACCACUUUUCCAUCAGUCAGGACACAGCAGAAUGAACUGAUUUUAAAGCGUUGUGCACCAAUUCACCAGCAGCAUAAUUAUGCCGCUCCUUCUCCAUAUAUGGAGAGUGAAGAUGCACCGCCACAGAAAAAGUUAAAAGCCGAGGUGCCCCGUCCAGUAAAACCCAUGAUCCAACCAAAGUCUAAGAGUUCAAGUCCUCGAAACUCUGAUUCAGAGGAUAGUGAACGUCGACGUAACCAUAAUAUCUUGGAGCGUCAGAGGCGUAAUGAUCUACGGUCCAGUUUCCUGACGUUAAGGGACCACGUUCCAGAACUUGUUAAAAAUGAGAAAGCUGCAAAAGUUGUGAUUUUGAAAAAAGCCACUGAAUAUGUCCAUUCCCUUCAGGCAGAGGAACAGAAGUUAUUGCUAGAAAAGGAGAAAUUGCAAGCCAGGCAACAACAGUUGCUAAAGAAAAUAGAAUACAAGCGGACUUGCUAAACUUUUUU